AUGAUAAUAUCAUAUCUAGCAAGACUGGUCCUAAUUUUACCAAAAAUUUCAUCAGAAGAUGCUACUAGAUUACAAAUGAUUGCAGAUAAACAUAUUGAAAUGUCAGGUAACAAAUAUUUAGAUUUAAACUAUUUUGAAAAUAAAAGUAAUAAUUUCAAUUCUGGUUCUAUUCCUAAUCUUCAAGAUAAGUCUCUUACAAAUUACGGCAUUCAUCAUACCAAUAGAUAUGAUACAAAAUUUAAAAAUAUUAAUAGUCAGAAAAAUACACAAAUAUCGAAAAGUCCUCCCUGGACUCAAGUUGUGGAUUCAACUUCAAUUCAAGAAAAAAUGCAAAAUUUAAACGAAAAUAUAAAAAAAACACAAAUGUCAAGUUCAUGUAUACCAAUGAAUGAAACAUUAAGAAAAGAUUUAAUAAAGAAACUUUUUGAUGAAAGUUAUGACAAGAAUACACUUCCCUCAACAAAUUCUACAUCUGUUAUUGUUGAGUUAACAGUGCAAAGUAUAACAGAAAUAAGUGAAUUUUCAAGUUCAUUUUCAGCAGAUAUUUGGUUUUCACAGAUAUGGAUAGAUGCUAGACUUGAGUAUGGUUCAAAUAAUUAUUGUUUAACCAACUUAAGUUUAUCAGCACAUAAUCUUCAACAUCUAUGGACACCAAAUGUCUGUUUUAUAAAUACAAAAAGAGUUGAAAUUCAUGCAUCACCAUCCCAAAAUGUUUUACUUUUACUUUUUCCAAAUGGUACAUUAUGGCUAAAUUAUAGAGUAAGCCUAACUGGUGUUUGUAGAAUAGAUUUAAAAUAUUUUCCAUUUGAUUUUCAAGAAUGUUCUUUAAUUUUUGAAUCUUAUUCAUAUAAUACGGCAGAAGUUAGGAUUGUAUGGAGAGAAUGGGAUCCUGUAACUAUACCAGAUCCUAAUGCAAAAAAACUACCUGAUUUUGAAUUAAUUUCAUUUAGUCAUAGAAAAGAUACAUUAGUUUAUACAGCAGGUUUAUGGGACCAAUUAGAAGUUGUGUUUGUCUUUAAACGUCUAUAUGGUUAUUAUGUACUUCAAGCUUAUUUACCAACAUAUUUAUCUGUUUUUAUCUCAUGGAUUGCAUUUUGGAUAGAUACAAAAGCAUUACCUGCAAGAAUUACUCUUGGUGUUAGCUCAUUAAUGGCAUUAACAUUUCAAUUUGGUAAUAUUAUGAAAAAUUUACCAAGAGUAAGUUAUGUAAAAGCACUUGAUAUAUGGAUGUUUGGAUGUGUUGGCUUCAUAUUUCUUUCUUUAGUUGAAUUAGCUGUUGUUGGUUAUGCAGAUAAGGUUGAAGCCAAAAAACAAAGAACAAGAAAGGAAAGAGCAGUAUUAAUGGCAAGAAGUGAAAGUGAACAACAAUGGUUAGCAAGAUUUAAUAAUCAAUCUGUUCGUGUAAACUUACCUUCAUCACAUAAUAUAAGUUUUCAUUCUCCAUGUUUAACUACCAAUGAUGUGUAUUCAGGUAGUUUACCUUCAGAUGAUUAUUUCCAUGAAAAUAAUAACUUUCAAAAUCAGCAGAUAGGUGAAAGUCCUAAUAUGUUAAUGAGAUCUACCAAUUUUCUCCAACAAAAUGGUACACAUUUAACUUCUGAUGACAGGGAAAAUAUUAAUAAAUCACCAUGUUGUGCUCAAAAUUGUGCAUGGGAUGUUCUUACCCGUUCAUCAAAGAAUGGAUCACAAAAGAAACAACACAUAACCGUAAUUCAGAAAAAAACAAGAAAAAUAAGUGGAGAACAAAUUGAUUCUACUUCAGCAAAACUUUUUCCAUUACUAUUUACUGCAUUUAAUAUAUUCUACUGGUUUUACUAUAUUGGGAUGUCCACUGGUGUCACACAUAUGUGA